AUGGCGGUCUCAGCAGACGUCGAUGCAGUGCUGCAAUUCUUGAGGAAAAACGGGCUUUCAGAUGCCGAGUCGGCACUCAAAGAGGAUAUGAUUGAAAAAGGUGAUCUGGGUUGUCUCGAUUACGAGAAAUUCUUGUUUCCGAUGGUGCCUCCGCCUCCUCCGGUUAGAAUUCCGGCGAGUUUCCGGCGAUCAGAGGUUCCAGGGGGCGGUGAAUGCUCGAGAUCGAGCUCGCAGGAAGACGAUGAGUUUGUGAGCAUGGGGUCUUCUACUUCUAAUAUGUGCUCAUCAUCAGAAUUUACAAAUCCGUAUGGAAUUCGAUCGACAUCCCCAAGUGGUUCCAAAGCCUCAUCUGAUAGAUUCUCUCAAUUUGGCACUGCCCGUGAUUACCAUGAUUUUGAUAUGCAAAAUGACCUGUUCUGGCACGAUGAGAAAGAUGAUGGAGACUUCAUGACUCCUUGCUUUGAAGGGCCAGACUUCUUUGCCUGUCCCAGUGAGGAUAAGUACAUCAUGACUUCGGACACAGACAAGCAAAAUGAGAACCUUCCGGGUCUGAAUUUUAAAUCUGGAGCAUUUCAAUCAGACAUAAGCCUCGAUUACUUGGACAAGAAUUGUCUUACUAAUAUUUCUCCCGUGGAUGAUAAAAGUGAGCUUUAUGUAACAGAUCAUUAUAAUUUUGAUAAGAAAAAUAACCUUGAAGGAGGCUUUGAGGAGGAGCCUGAGGGAUGUGCUCCCCCUGCUUCUUCAGUCCACCUUUACAAUUGCUGUGUUGGAGCUGAAGGAUUUUAUGGUGAACAUUCUGCAGAUUGCUGCUACCGGAGCUCAAAACAAACUGAUUUCAAUAAUUGCCAAUUAAAGGUUUUGGGGGACAUUCUUCCCACUGACAUUGGUUCUGCUCCAAAUCGUAGAAUAAGCAAGAGUUCUGAAAAUGACCGGGUUGAAAACUUUAAAGGCUCCUCUGGUUUAGAUGGUAAGGUUGUAGAGAAAGAUUUCAUGCAAAAAGGAAUUGAUGGCUAUGGAGUUGGAGACAGUGAAGUAAAUGAAGAACCUUGUGAGCCUGAGGCUGCUGCUGAUGGAGAUGGUGUUGACACUGAUGAGGUUCUGAUGUACAAUGCUAACGAGGAUGAAUAUGAAGUUUUCGAAUUAAGAAUCAUACACAGAAAGAACAGGACUGGAUUUGAAGAAAACAAGGAUUUCCCCAUUGUGCUAAAGACCGUAAUUGCAAGCAGAUACUAUAUAACAGAAUAUAUUGGUUCGGCAGCUUUCAGUAAGGUUGUACAGGCUCAUGAUCUUCACACAGGAGUCGAUGUUUGCCUUAAGAUCAUAAAAAAUGAUAAAGAGUUUUUCGAUCAGAGUUUGGAUGAGAUUAAACUUCUAAAGUUUGUCAACAAAAAUGACCCUGGAGAUGAACACCACAUUCUGCGAUUGUACGACUACUUCUAUCAUCAGGAGCAUCUCUUCAUUGUUUGUGAACUCCUUCGGGCAAACUUGUAUGAGUUUCAGAAGUUCAGUCAAGAAUCUGGCGGAGAAGCUUACUUCACAAUAAGAAGAUUGCAGGUCAUAACCCGUCAAUGUUUAGAGGCAUUGGAUUACUUGCAUCACUUGGGAAUUAUUCAUUGUGAUCUAAAGCCUGAAAACAUUCUUAUAAAAAGUUACAGAAGAUGUGAAAUAAAGAUCAUUGAUCUUGGAAGCAGUUGUUUUCGCACGGACAACUUGUGCCUUUAUGUGCAAUCUCGUUCCUACAGAGCUCCUGAAGUCAUUCUUGGUCUCCCUUAUGACGAGAAGAUUGACAUGUGGUCUUUGGGCUGUAUCUUGGCUGAGCUAUGCUCUGGGGAAGUGCUCUUUCCAAAUGAUGCGAUUGUAAUGAUCCUUGCACGUAUGAUUGGAAUGCUUGGUCCUAUUGAUCUGGAUAUGUUAGUGAGAGGUCAGGAGACAGACAAGUACUUCACAAACGAGUUAGAUCUUUACCACAUAAAUGAGGAGACAAGCCAACUGGAAUACAUAAUACCUGAGGAGUCCUCCUUGGAGAAUCACUUGCAAGUAACCGAUGUCGGGUUUAUUGACUUUGUUAAAAGCUUGGUUGAGGUCAAUCCCGAGAGACGCCCAACGGCGAGGGAGGCAAUGGAGCAUCCAUGGCUUUCCUACACGUACGAAUCGAGUCCUUUCUAA